CGCAAGAAAGUAAAGGAGGAGUGUGAGCGUAGGUGACAUCUCCAUCCUUCUACAGUCCACUUUAUAUGUCUCAGUCAACUGUGGGAAAUUCGUGACAGGAGUAAUUUAAUUCGUCCUGAAAUACAGCAUUUUCCUGAUGAGAGGAAGUAGGCGAUUCCAGACCUCCUCCACAGACUACUGACUCUGUCAAGCGUAGGAUGGGACUGACUUUGACCGACAAAUACAACUCGAUACUUUUCACACUGGAAUUGGUGUCACUGCUACAGGCAGCAUGUGCUGGAGGAACAUGUGAAAAUGUAUUUAAAGGUUUCUCAGACUGCCUGCUCAGCCUUGGAGAAAACAUGGUGAACUAUCCCCAAGAGCUGGACGACAGCGAAAGCCUACAGACCAUCUGCUCAUAUUGGAAUGACUUCCACUCGUGUGCCUCCACCGCAGUCGCAGAUUGUCAAGAAGGAGCAACAGACCUUUGGGAAAAAAUGAAACGGCAGUCCCAGAGCUUGAACUAUCAGGGAAGCCUGUUUGAAUUAUGCUCCGGGGAUAAUGGAGUAUCCAGAGUUUUAUUGCCAGUGGAACUGAAGAUACUGCUAAUGUGUUGUACCACACUGGUGGCUUGGCUUGCUUUUGAGUAAUAAACCUGAAGAUCUGACCUGAAACAAGUUGCUAAAUGGAUAAAAUGCAUCCCUGCCUCUCUUCAGCUAACUCAGUUCGUGUUUUAAAACACGUCAUAUGAUGAUUAUGUUAAAAAUAGGAGUCGUUGGGACUCUUUAAACUUUGGAAGAGUUCAAAAAUAAGUCUUUUAAAUGGCUUUGGCUAUUUUUACCAUAAUUUGAAAACUAUUCAAAGUACAAAAUGUGAAGUAUAAUAUAUUAUUUUAAAACACAAAUUUUCUUUUUGGACCAUUAUUAGGUAAAAACAACAGAUAUUUGCAAUAACAACCAAUAAUUCAAAUGAUUUUUUUUAAAUUAUUAUUAUUUAAAACACACCUGAAAUACAUGUUAUUGUCUGAAAAGCACAUAUUUAACACCACAGAAUUUUUUCUUAAAAGAUCAAUCUGCCCAAGCAAAUUUAAUUUAACCCUUUAACUGUCACUCCAUAUCUUAAACAUAGACAAAAAUGCACUAUCCAAAGUUAAAUUUUUAUAAUUCAUGAACGAAAACAUUUUGUAAUAUGAUUUUGAUGUACAAUUUCCAUGCUAAUGCAGUGUCUGAUUUUAAAAUGCCUUUCAAAGGAUGAAUUUUGAGAUUUUAAGUUUUCAGUUGAUACAUAAUUUCUUAAGAGUUCUAUUGCGUGAUAGGGAAAAAGGCAAUGAAGAAAGUCUUCUGCGACAAAAGUCAGAACUCCUGUUAUGAUGUAGAUUUUUGAGGUGCACUCUUGUCAUAAAAUAAUCUGUUUCUUUUCCUACAUAAUUUGUAACACAAAACAGUGGUAAAAUAUUUAUUUAGGAGUCUUAGACCUUCCCAACAAUAUAUAGAUUGUCAUGAUUAGAUUAAGAUUUAUUUGUAAAAUGGUGAUGUAAAUUUAGGCAUCCCACAGAGGGGACGGUGACAGUUAAAGGGUUAAUAAAUGUAUUAUUUUAAUAUAGGAUAAUGACAUUUACUUGUAAACGAAUACUUAUAAAUUAAAAAGGCAUUUGGCCAAUACAUACAA